CCACACAAUGACAUGGUUUCUCUGUUACACGAUCCUUCACUCACUCCUCUCUCCCUCACUUUACUACAAUGUCGACUUUCUCGGCCGCACCCAAUAAUAUUCAUACCUGUUUCCGCAACCACCACAAUUCGUUAUUCUUUUUCCCCACUUGUGUGACGUCUUCAGUUUCCAAAUAUCCGGGAAGCCAUAAAACAACCUCAACUGUUACUUUCAAUGGCAUCAGAUCAAAACAUAACAGGACUAGUUUCCAAAACACUCCAGUUUUCGGAGGACUCAAUCCCUCCAGGUUCUUGCAAAUGGGUUCUGAAGAAGCUUGCUCCAGCAGACAGAGUCUGAUCAAAUCAACUGGCUCAGAGAGUGCCAGCACUUCCACUCUGUCUCAAAAUGUGGUUGGGGUUUUGCAUCUGGUUGUUUCACUUGGGAUCAUUCUUGCAAUAGACAAAUUCUUGAAGAAGGCAUUUGUGGCAGCUGCAAUUAAGUUCCCGAGUGCGCUUUUCGGGAUGUUUUGUAUAUUCUCAAUUCUAAUCGGUCUUGAUGCCACUGUUCCUGCUGUGGCAAAAAGCUUGAUGAGUUUCUUUCAGCCGGCGCUGUUGUUCAUUCAGAGAUGGCUGCCGUUGUUUUAUGUGCCAUCUUUGGUUGUUUUGCCGCUUUCUGUUAAGAGUAUUCCCCCGGCUUCUGGCAUCAAGAUUUGCUAUAUUAUAGCUGGAGGCUGGCUGGCUUCACUAGCUGUUGCAGGAUAUACGGCAAUAGCAAUCAGAAAACUGGUAAAGACUGAAAUGACAGAUGCUGAGCCUAUGGCAAAACCCUCUCCAUUUUCUUCCCUUGAAGCAUGGUCUUGGAGUGGGAUCCUCCUCAUCUCAUUUGUUGGAGCAUUAGUAAACCCAACAGCACUGGGGACAAGUGCUCUGACAUGCCUUCCAUUCCUACUUGCAUCCACUGUGUUAGGUUACAUUGUUGGUUCUGGAUUGCCAUCAGAUGUGAAGAAGAUUUUCCACCCAAUUAUUUGUUGUGCCCUAUCUGCAGAUGUGGCAGCAGUGGCUUAUGGAUACUUUUCCAAGUCUGGGCUUGAUCCUGUCCUUGAAUCUUACCUUACAAAGGUUUCAUCAAACCCUGGAGCUGGUGAUAUUCUGAUGGGAUUCUUGGGGUCUGUUAUCCUCUCAUUUGCUUUCUCAAUGUUCCAACAGAGGAAGCUGGUCAAGAGGCAUGCAGCAGAGAUUUUCACAUCUGUAAUCGUAUCGUGCAUAUUCUCAUUGUAUUCAACCGCUCUUAUUGGACGUCUGGUUGGGUUAGAAUCAAGUUUGACCGUCUCAAUUCUACCACGAUGUAUAACCGUGGCAUUAGCCCUCAGCAUUGUGUCUUUAUUCGAAGGUGCCAAUUCAUCUCUCACAGCUGCCGUUGUUGUAGUAACUGGUUUGGUGGGAGCUAAUUUUGUACAGGCAACACUUGAUAAACUACAGUUCCGAGAUCCUAUUGCUCGGGGAAUAGCUACUGCAUCUAGUGCUCAUGGAUUGGGAACAGCAGCAUUGUCAGCCAAGGAACCCGAGGCUCUCCCAUUUUGUGCCAUUGCUUAUGCUUUGAAUGGUAUAUUUGGUUCUUUGCUCUGCUCAAUUCCCGCAGUCAGGCAAAGCUUGCUUGCCGUGAUUGGAUCAUGAGCCUACCAAUCAUAUGUAUAGUCAACAUUGCUGGGUAUAUGUGUGGUUGUGUACAGUACAGAUAUUCAUAUUACUAGGGGAAAAAAUCAAAUUUAAACAGGAGCAAACAAUUCUGUGUGGUAAUUUUCUUUGAAGAUCUA